AGGCAGCAAGAGAAAGAGAGGGAAGCAAAGACAGACCGAGGUGAACACUGGCAGACUGAGUGUCUCUGUGGUGACAAAGUAUACAAGACUGGAGGUAGCGACAAUAGCCACUGUUGCCUGAGGUUACAGAUAGUGUUCCGAGAAAUUUGUCCUAAAACCCAUUCUUUCAGCAUGAAGCAGCAAAGUCAUUUCAGCAGCAAAGCUCUUGCAGCCUGGUGCUUGGUGCUGAUGGUGCUCAUCCAACAGGUAGCUUCUGUUCCUGUUCCAGAGACGGAGGCUGCCUCAGACUCUGUGCAGGGAGUUCAGAGGUCACUCAGGAGAGUGGCCCGUAUGACGCCUCUUUGGAGAACCGUGGGUACUAAACCUCAUGGGGCUUACUGUCAGAAUAACUACGAGUGUUCCACAGGAAUAUGCAGGAAAGGACACUGUUCCUUUAGCCAACCUAUAAAUUCUUAAGAGUGGAAAGGCUGACUACUUUUCCAGCCCGAAUGUCAUGGAUUAUCCAGAACCCUGCAUUUAAUGGAAUCGUAUGAAAAGAGCUUCCUUAUUGGUGGAGGAUCGUGCAACUUUAAUAUCAGAAAUUUGCCAUGCCGAAGAGUAAAGUUGGUUAUGUUUAUGCUGUUGGAGAGUAGGGUUAAAUAGUUUUUAGAUGGACAACUAACUUGCUUACUUUAUCGAUAUAAAGUUCAAAUAUGCAUGAGUUCAUAAUACAAGCAAACGUGUUUUUUUUUUUUUUCCAAUUUAACAACAUAAACCUCAUAACCUACAGCAUAAUACACUACAUGUACACUUGUGCUAUUUUAUUAUUAUUAUUCCAUCACAUACUGUGCAUAUCAGAUUUUGGGUGGUGCUAGUGAUGGUGUGUUGGAUAAAAUACAACUAGAGCUGGUUAUCUGAACACCCAUUGAACCUUGAACUGGGCUGUUUCCAGAAGACCAACUCUUCGUAUUCGAUCAUGUAACGCCUGGAUGCUGCACAAGUAGAACUGGCAGCAGGUUGCAUGUACAGCCCAUGCAAACUUUCAACCCAAGUGUCAUUGAACUAUAGAUAUCCAUCAGCAGAAAGAGAGAGAAAGUGUGAUUUAACAAUGCAAAGAUUAAAGGCUGGAGUUGAAUGAAUGAAGGUACUAUUAUUGCAGUUGCACAGAUGAUUUUUCUGUUUCCUGAUGUGCUAAAGUGUGGUUUUUGUUUUUUUUUUAAGUGUGAAAUGUUUUCUAACUUUUAUUUAUGCAAGUGGUGAUACAGACCUGACAUUGUCUUACAUCUCACAUAACACUUCUGCUGGAUAAUCUAUUUAUUAUAUUUGAUUAUUUUGUAUGCUUUUGAGUGACGGAGGAAAUGUUCUGAAACUGUUACCUUAGGUGGAUAAUGACAUAAUUGCUGAAUGUAGGAGUGUACUGAAUGUCUUUUAGUAUGUGCUACACAUGAUGGAUGAAACCGUAUUGAUGAAAUAAAACUUGUAUCAAACA